AUGGAUCGGAACCUGUUCGCUGAGCUACUACACCGUGUGGCACCCCGCAUCACUAAAGGUCCAAAGAGCAGACGACCUUUGGAACCCGGUUUGAAACUUGUCAUCACACUGAGAUUCCUAGCCACUGGCAACAGUUACCAAUCACUGGAAUUUAGCUUCAGAGUUGCGCACAACACAAUAUCGGUUCUGGUGCCAGAGGUAUGUACUGCCAUUUUUGAAGAGUACAAGGAUGAACACUUCACCUUGCCUCAAGACCAAGAUGAAUGGUGUCAAGUUGCAGCCAAGUUUUCAGACAAAUGGAACUUUCAACACUGUUUGGGGGCUAUCGACGGCAAACAUAUAGAGAUGAAGAAGCCAAAGAAGAGUGGGUCCUUGUAUCACAAGUACAAGGGAUACUUCUCGAUCGUCCUUCUGGCAGUAGCUGACGCAGAUUACAAGUUUAUUUGGUGCAGUGUUGGUGCACCAGGGUCUGCAUCAGAUGCUGGUGUCUUCAAUGGAACUCGUCUACGACCAGCCCUCGAAGAAGGAAGACUUCCAUUGCCAGAUCCGGAUCCCCUAACACGUGAUGACCAGGAAACUCCCUAUUUCCUAAUAGGAGAUGAUGCUUUCCCUCUGCGCACAUGGUUGAUGAAGCCUUAUGGUGGGAAAGAUAUCACACACAUGCAAAGGGUGUUCAACUAUAGGUUGUCCAGGGCACGUCGAGUGGUUGAAAAUGCGUUCGGGAUCCUAGCUAACCGAUGGCGAUGUCUGUUGACAUGCCUGCAGCUGCAGCCAUGCACCGUCAAUAAAGUGGUAAAGGGGACUUUAACGCUACACAACUGGCUUAGGACACGUAACCCUGGACUCCGAGCCAACGAUGUGGAUCGAGAGGACGGAGAUGGAAACCUAGUUCCUGGUGCUUGGCGAGAGAAUGUUCAACUGACAUACACUCAACAUGGUGGUGCAGGGCGUCCAAACUUUGAGGGCAAAAGGCAGCGAAACUACCUUUCAGACUAUUACAAUAGUGACGUGGGCCGGCUUCCAUGGCAGGACCGAAUUGUCAAUAUGUGA